AUGUACCCAGUGAUCCAAAGUGCAGCCAGACGUCUGGGAGUGCGUUGCUUCAGUGGCACUACUUCUGUGCGAGCAUUUAAUUUGCAACUGGAGAAAGAAAUACGAUCUAAAAUCGACUCUUUGCCCAAGCUAAACAACAUUUUCCAGAACGCUAACGGCUCGGUCAGACAGCCAUCAGACACUGAGCUGCAGACCAUUGCUGAGCUCAACAGUCUUGUUACCAAUAGAAAACUUUCAUUGACAGAUUACCUGUUCCAGAAUGCAGCUAACCAAGCUUUGUACGUUGACAACGAAGCCGAUUUGAAGGAGUUGGAUAUCUCUUCUCGUCAAGUUGUUGAUAAGGUUCCUUUCAAGGAUGCCAAAACCGGUGAAAUCAAGUGGAAAGUGGUCAGAGAAAAUGAAAAUGAAGGUUGGGAAAAAAUCAUGUACGUUGGAUUCGUACCAACUAUGAUUCUGAUCUUUGCAAUUGUACUCUUCAAAGAUGACAAAUCCAUUGAUGAAUGGGCUAUGGACGAGCUUUUGUUGAGAUUGAAAGAAAAGAACCUUAGUGAUGUAGAGCUAAUCGACGAGCUGGACAAACUUUCGAAGUCCCACGUCGGAAAGAUUGGAGCCAGUGAGAUUAACAAGAGGGACGCGGUCAUCAUAGAAAGAAUCCUGAACGGGGAGUACGACCAAUUGUCCGGCUUAAAGAAGAAAGAACUUCCAAUAAUCGACCUGUAG